AUGGAUUUAACAAAACAUCGUCAACUAUUAAAUGAAGAACUACACCAUAUUAUUAAUGAUUAUAAUCAAUUUAAACAAAGAUUUAGUGAACAAAAACCAAAUUCACAUGAUCUUUCUCUAAUAAAUCAAAUUAAUCAAUGGGAAAUAGAUUCAAUUAUAAAAAUUCAACAAAAAGCAAGAGAUUGUAGAGAAACUGUCAUUAAAUGCUCACAAACAUUUUUGAAUGAUAUUGAAAAGAAGUUUAAUGAUUUAAAUGAACAACUAAAACAAAUUCACAAUGAAAAUGAAUUUAAUGAGAUCAACUUAAACUAUUUAAGAAAUGAAUUAAUAAAAAUUACAGAAGAAUUAAAUAAUCCACCAAAGACUUCUAUUAUACAAGAUUUUCAACUAUUUAUUAAUGAUGUUCCAAUUAUUCCAUUAGAUAAAAAACCAAAAUGGGAUAAAUGGAAACAAAAUGCCAUUACUGUAGCUUCUGAAAACGGACCAGGACAGAAGUUAAAUCAAUUCAAUUGCCCUUAUGGGAUCUUUAUUGAUGAAAAGAAAAAUAUUUUCAUUGCUGAUUAUCUGAAUCAUCGUAUUGUUGAAUGGAAAUGUAAUGCAAAGGAAGGAAAAGUUGUUGCAGGUGGCAAUAAAGAAGGUAAUCGAAUAGACCAAUUAAAUCGUCCAACAGAUGUGAUUGUUGAUCAACAAACUCAUUCGAUUAUUAUUGCUGAUCAAGGAAACAGACGAGUGAUUCAAUGGCUGAAUCAAAAGCAACAAAUUCUCAUUCACAAUAUUGACUGUUUUGGCUUAGCAAUGGACAAACAUGGAUUUCUUUAUGUUUCUAAUUAUAAGAAGAAUGAAGUGAGACGAUGGAAAAUAAGUGAAUACAACAAUGAAGGAACUGUAGUUGCAGGUGGCAAUGGGAAAGGAAAUCAACUUAAUCAACUCAAUUCUCCAGGUUUUAUUUUUGUUGAUGAAGUUCAAUCUGUUUAUGUAGCCGGUAGAGAUAAUUAUCGUGUGAUGAAAUGGAGAAAAGAUGCAAAAGAAGGAACAAUUGUGGCUGGAGGAAAUCUGAAUCAAUUGUUCUACCCUCGAGGAAUAACUGUUGAUGAUUUGGGUCAGAUCUAUGUAGCAGAUUUUUGUAAUCAUCGAAUAAUGCGGUGGUGUGAAGGAAAAGAAGAAGGUGAAAUUCUUGUUGGUGGAAAUGGUCAAGGAAAUCAAUCAAAUCAAUUGAAUGGUCCUUAUGGUUUAUCUUUUGAUGAUGAAGGAAAUCUUUAUGUUGCUGAUAGUUUUAAUCAUCGAAUUCAAAAAUUUGAAAUAAUCUUAUUAGAACGAAUUAUUUUUGAUUGUGUUGAUAAAGAUAUUGAAACUGUUGAAAAACAUGAUUGUCAUGAUACGCGACAAGCUUAUCAAGACAUCAUGAUAAAUCUCCAACAGAUUCUUUCACAUUUUCGUUUAUCACUAAUACUUGAGAUAUCAACUGAAAUAAAAGAUCCAGAUCAAUCUAAGAAAAGUUUUAAACAAUUAUUAUUAGAUCGAACAAAUAUGUAUCAGGAAAUUGUGAAAUGCAAUAAUAUAUUUGACACUGCAGCGACAGAAUCAUAUAUAAAUCUAAUAAAAACACGUCUUGGUUGUCAAUCGAAAUGUCCAGGUUGUGGAACAAAAUGUGAUAAUCCUGAAAUUAAUCAUACAAAACAUAGUUCACGUCAUUUAGGAGGUGCAUUUUAUGAACGCACGCCAGAAUGGUUUGAUGAUUUAGAACAGAAAUCAAAAACAGGUGAUUUAUAUAACGAUUCUAAACUACCACCAGAGCAAAGACGAGCUUGGAUGGCAGUGCGACAUACUUUAACUGAACGCUACUCAACAAAAUGGAUGGAAGGUCUCGAAAAGUAUGAUGAAAACUGUGAUCAUGCUAUUGAAAGUGUAUCUGCUGAUUUUGAGCCAGAAUGGAAUUACAGUCAAUCAUAA